CAAAGAUCAUGGUCCAAGGCAGCAUCGAUAGCGACUUCACUAUGCCAUCCGUGCCUUGAAUGCCAUUCGUUUCCAUUUUGUUCUGGGGCGCUCAGUAGCGGCGGGCGGGGCGCAAACUUCGCGAUGCGCGGCUCAAGAGUCCUCCAGAAGGCCAGUUUUUCUAGAGACACCGUACGCUGCAGUCUCUUGGGCCUCAAUCUCUCGUCACGAUGUCUUGCAACCGAUAGUAGGGCGCCGUUGGUACGUCCCGUGGCCUUUUCCAGGCAGUACCAUGCCGUUUCGCCGCCGGUGUUUGGUGGAAACAGACUCCAUAGAUGCGGAAUUUUCACCCCUACCUCUUGUCCAGAUGUCCUCGGAAAGCUCCCCCGAAACGCCUUGUUCCCCCAAUCCUCGAAUCUCAUAUACAGGCAGCUCCGUUUUGUUACUGGGAAGAGCUCUCCGGGUGAGAAUGGCUCCUCGCAACUUCAGGAAAGUACGGCUUCGGUGGUGAAGGAGGUCGCUCAAGCAGAAGAAAUAAGCCAAGCGUUCGAGCGGUCUGAAAGAGCAUCCCAGGCUGCUCAGAUAAACCUAAGCGCAAGACUGGCAAAGGACGGGCUGGCCUCGGGGAAGAAGUCAGGUCUUCGAGAGAUAUGGAGGUUGAUCACGAUUGCGCGUCCAGAGGCUAAGGUCCUGUCUGUUGCCUUUCUGUUCCUUCUCAUCUCCUCUUCGGUAGCCAUGUCUAUACCCUUCUCUAUCGGUAAGAUCCUUGACAUUGCGACCAGCUCCAAUCCCAAUGCUUUGAAAGAUUUUCUAGGGAUCAGUCUCCCUGUCUUCUAUACAGCACUGGGAGGGAUUAUUCUGCUCGGGGCUGCUGCAAACUACGGAAGGAUAAUCAUCUUGCGAAUCGUUGGUGAACGAAUUGUUGCCAGACUCCGAGCUAAACUCUUCAGAAACACCUUCGUUCAAGAUGCCGAGUUCUUUGAUGCAAAUCGAGUUGGUGACCUGAUCUCCCGGUUGAGCUCUGAUACCAUCAUUGUGGGGAAGAGUAUUACACAGAAUCUUUCAGACGGUCUACGAGCAGCUGUCAGUGGCGCUGCCGGAUUUGGAAUGAUGGCAUAUGUCAGUUUGAAGCUCUCAAGUGUUUUGGCUCUUUUGUUCCCUCCAAUUGCUCUUGCGGCUUUCUUCUACGGACGAGCAAUCCGUAACCUGAGCCGGAAGAUACAGAAGAAUGUUGGCACAUUGACCAAAAUUGCAGAGGAACGGCUCGGUAAUGUUAAAACAAGCCAGUCCUUUGCUGGUGAGAUCUUGGAAGUUCAUCGAUACAAUCGUCAGGUCAAGCGAAUAUUUGAGCUUGGUAAGAAAGAAUCGUUCAUCAGUGCAACCUUUUUUAGCGGCACAAGCUUGAUGGGAAAUGCUACAAUACUUGCUCUCCUUUAUGUUGGUGGUGGGAUGGUUCAGUCACAAGCAAUUUCAAUCGGAGAACUCACCUCCUUUUUAAUGUACACCGCGUACGCUGGAUCCAGUCUUUUUGGCCUUUCGAGUUUCUAUUCAGAGCUCAUGAAAGGAGCAGGUGCUGCCAGUCGCCUGUUCGAGUUACAAGACCGCAGGCCGAAGAUAUCCCCUACCGUGGGUGACAAGGUCACCUCAGCUCGCGGGCCUAUCAGAUUCAAAAAUGUUGCCUUCAGCUAUCCUACUCGACCAGCCGUCACUAUUUUCAAAGAUCUGGAUUUUGAGAUACCGCAGGGUAGCAAUGUGGCUAUUGUUGGACCCUCAGGUGGUGGAAAAUCCACCAUUGCGUCAUUGCUACUUCGUUUCUACAGCCCAACUCAGGGCCAAGUCUUCAUCAACGGCAAGGAUGUUGCAACCAUGAACGCAAAGUCUCUCCGAAGGAAGAUAGGAAUCGUUGCCCAAGAGCCAGUGUUGUUUUCUGGCUCCAUUGCCGAAAAUAUUAGCUAUGGAAAACCUGAUGCAACAAGAUCUCAGAUAAUCGCUGCUGCCCGCAAAGCAAACUGCCAGUUCAUCAGCGACUUCCCUGAUGGUUUGGAUACCAAUGUUGGUCCCAAAGGAGCACAACUGUCCGGUGGCCAAAAACAGAGAAUUGCCAUCGCUCGUGCUCUUAUCAAAGAGCCGGAUAUUCUCAUUCUUGAUGAAGCUACCUCUGCGCUCGAUGCAGAGUCCGAAACCCUCGUUAACAGUGCUCUUGCAGCUCUGCUUCGCGAGAACAACACUACUAUCAGCAUAGCCCAUCGUUUAUCCACCAUCAAACGAUCCGACACCAUCAUCGUUCUUGACUCGGAGGGCAAAGUUGCUGAAAUGGGAUCUUACAAUGAUCUCAAUUCAAGACCAGAUGGUGCUUUUACCAAGCUGAUGGCCUGGCAGCUCAGCGGCGGCGAAGGAAUUGCUGCUCCCGUUCACCCCAACAAGCCAAUCUCUCGAGGGCCGCCGUCAGAAACAGAACAUCUGCAGCAAUUGCUACAAGAAGGCGAAGACGAGGAGUACGAUGAAGCCGAGCCCGAAGACGAGCCGAGGUCUACUGAUGAGAUUGAAAAGAAAUAGAUUUCUUCUCUUGAAUCGUCAAUAUCCCUUUCGCGAAGCCAAAAUUAUAACCCCUUCUCUUUGAUUCUUUUUUCUUCUGUUACCCAGGCUACCUUCCCGGUCGACUGCCUGUGUUAUUAUAUCCAAUAGCGCAACCCCACUCUAGAAGUGUGCCGUUUCUCGAUUAAAACCGUAUGAAUUAAUCCUCAACGAUCUAUAUCCAGACCCUCCCCUUUGCUAAUACCUAUAUUCUCACUGUAUAGAUUAUAUACAUAAAUGUACUUUUAACACCUAGACAUAUCGUCUCGUUGCUACUAUAGACUUUUCUUUGGCCAUCUCUAUUUCUCACCCUUGUUUUAGGCUUUCUUCCACCUUACCAGCAUCAACAGGCUAUAUUCACUUAUCACUCAAGGGACGGAAAAAAAAAAAAAAAAAAAAAGAGCAUAAGCGCCAUGCAUGUAUCAUUUAAUCAUGGCAUUUUCUAUUGAAGGGAAAUGUAAUAUAUCUGCGCUAUUGAAAUCAGUGCUGCAAAAUGAACUAUCUACCUCGAGCAUCCUGCACCGAUCAAUAAUAUCAUAGGGCUCCGAUAAAAAAGCUUAGAACACUACCGGCUGCUAAGCCUGCUACUAUCAACAUGCCCAUGUAUGCGCCAGCUGCCUCCCUCUCUUCCUCGUCUACCAGAUCCGGGGCGCUAACCAUGACAUAAACAC